AUGGACUUGGCGGAGUUCGACCCGGAUCUUGUGACACCGGUGGCUCCAGCUAAGCCUAAGCCACAGGUUGUGCGGUCGCAAGACGCAGAUCCAGCAGGACAGCUACCGAUGGCAGACAUGUUCAAAGGCAUGGGUUUGGGAGCCAGCGGGCUGGACACGGCGCAACGGCCUGCACCAAAAAAGCCGGCAAACAUGAAAGUGUACGACAGUAUGUCGCCCGAGGAGAAGCGGGAGUUCAAGAUGAUGCAGAUUGUGUAUCCGUGCUAUUUUGACCAGAACAGAAGUGUACAGGAGGGCAGAAGGCUGCCUGUGGCCCGGUGUGUGGAGAACCCGUUGGCGAAGACGAUUUUGGACGCGUGCAAGGUGUUGAGGAUCCCAGCGGUGUUCGAGCCGGAGAAGUCCCACCCUCAAGACUGGGGUAACCCUGGCCGGGUGAGGCUUGGGUUGAAGUACGAGCACGAGCCGACUCACCCGGUGUUGAAGUCGAAGAAACAGGCGCUUGUUGCGAUCGCAGAGUACAUGAAGAGCCAUCCGACGACGCUCAAAAACGUGAAGGACCUUCCUGGGCCUCCCGAGCUCAUGGAGGGCAGCUGGGAAGCCAGCGAGAUCCCCAAAGUGAAGGGCUUCCGCAUGAACACGGUUGUUCCUAUGCACUCGACGUUGACGAUGAAGAACCCGGAGACCGCCGGCGCAUACAUCAGGACGCCUGCGGAGCAGCAGGAAAAGGCCUCCGAGCCAAAGAGGAUCAAGCAGAAGAUCCAAAGAAUCAGAGCAUAA